AUGGAAGGCAUCAAUGUUCUCCCGCCAGGUUUCAGAUUUCACCCCACUGAUGAGGAGCUCAUCAAUUAUUACCUCAAGAACAAAGUCUCUUCUGCCACAAAUCCCUUAGUUUCCAUCAUAGCUGAAAUUGAUCUCUACAAGUUCAAUCCUUGGGACCUUCCCGACAAAGCCUUGUUUGGUGAAAGUGAAUGGUUUUUCUUCAGCCCCCGAGAUAGGAAAUACCCCAACGGGGCUCGUCCGAAUCGAUCAGCUGCAUCCGGCUACUGGAAAGCCACAGGAACUGAUAAACCUAUCCUUUCUUAUGCGUCACAGUGCAUUGGGGUGAAGAAAGCUCUGGUAUUCUACAAAGGUCGUGCUCCAAAUGGCACGAAGACUAACUGGAUGAUGCAUGAAUAUAGGCUUCUCAAUGAUAGCCAUCAUUCUUUAGUGCAGAAAGGAUCGAUGAGACUGGAUGACUGGGUAUUAUGCCGUGUUCGGCAGAAGAGCAAUAAUAGCAUUGAGCCAAGGGAAGGAAACGCCAAAAGCAGGUCCAAGCGGACAUUCCCUUGUGGCUUCGACGCCUAUGGAGAAGGAGAAAUCGCUCAGAAUAUCAGCUAUUUUGGAAAUAACCAUUGGCAUCCACAACAAAACUCUGAUAGACUAAUUCCAUAUGGGCAUCUUGAUAUUCAAGGAGGAACUUCAUCGGAUCAAUCGAGCUCCCAAGAAAAUUUCGAACCAUCCCAAGUUAAUAUUAACAUGAACCAUUCAAUGAAAGAUGCAUUAGAAAGCAUCAAAAGAGUGCUCUCCCUCGGGAAUUUAGAUGAACAGGGAUCAAAACUGCCAAAUAAGCGAUUACGUUCUUCUUUAACUCCAUCAUCAACUUAUUUGGAAAACUCAGGCAUAUUUGUGAUUCCUAAUAAUCCAUAG